AUGAAUACUUUAUAGGAAAACAAAUUAUUUGUGUAGCAAAUUAAACAGAAACAGGAUGAGUUUAAAGUAUAAAUUUAUCAUAGAACAAGAAAACUAUUCAAAUUCCAUUUAAGAAAGAGCCUCCUCUGUUGUAGCAGCAUAAUUUUAAUUAGCUCACUUCUCCGAAUUAAAGAAGAGAACAAACUCCAAAUUAAAGAAAGGGCAAGAUCGAAAGUACACCAGUCAAUUAAUAGUUAAGAUGAUAAUUCGUGUUCCCCCACUCUUUUUCGUACUCCUUAGAUUAGUUUGCAUUACGAAUAAAACAAAAAGCAGCAUCAAUUGAGUAAUAACAGAAGUCGCAACGAAAACGUGUCAAUUUACAAAGAGAGAAGAGAGCCAAUCAAUGACUCAGCGACUAAGGAUUACUCCAGAGUGUUGGAUGAGGUAAUGAAAAAAUACAGACAAUUGAAAUCAGAGCUAUUGACUAAGGAUAAGGAAGUGCAGAAGACAAGGUUUUACAAGGAGGAGUGGUUGAAGGAGAAGGUUUAAAUAUAUCAUCUAUGAUUUAUAUAGAAGCGUAAUGAAUAGUUACAAGAGAGAAACAAGAUUUUAAAAACGAAAAUGCUGAAAAUCAUUGAAUUAGUUUAAUAAGAUUAGUUGAAAUAGAAUGAUGAUUCGGAGGUAGUAUCAUUCUAUUAAAAUAUUAGUUAAUAGGGUAUAAUAGCUAGUCUCUAAGCAGAAAAUAAGCAUUUGCGUUAAAUGUUGCAUCUAUAUGAUGUGACAGACAUCUCAAGUCAAUUGGAGCAACUCGAAGGGGAGUAGGAUUAGGAGGUAGUUUACAUCGAUAACAUUUUGAAUACAUUCCUUGGUGAUUUGAAAACCAUACAAAAGAGUAGAAGAGAAAAGAAGGACAAUUAAUAAUUAGGUACAUGUGAUGUGAAUAUUCAAGGUCAAUUCAAUUCAUUGUCGCUAACAGUUUUGAACAAAGAAUCAAGCUUUGUUGAUUUAUCAGAGGAUAAGCUUUUAAUGGAAUAAUCAUGA